GGGGUAGCGGCAAGAUGACACAAAGUGAUUCCAGGUGGGAAACACCCAGGUGGACUGCAAGGAACUACAGAAGGAUCCUGCAUGAUUGAGUGAAUGGGCAAUGAAAUGGCAGAUAAAAAUCCAGCAUUGAUAAGUGUAAAGUGAUGCAAAUGGGCAAAAAUAACCCAUGCUUUACCUAUUAUGGGCUCUACAUGAGCUGGUACCACACAGGAAAGAGAUCUGGGAGUAAUUGCGGACAGCUGGCUAAAAAAUACCAGCUCGAUGGCUAAAGAAGAGAAUUGUAAAUGAAAUAAAGUCUCAGGUUUCCCCUUUAUAAAUCCAUGGUGCCCCCACACACUGAAGACUGUGCCCAGGUCUGGUCCCCGCAUCUCAAGAAGGAGUGAGGGGCACGGCCUCUGAAUCAGGGCUUCCUAGACCAUAGAUGCUGGAGGCUGCAAGUAGGAAACCAUGGCUAGCCCUGGUCAGACACAGUUUACUCUCCCUUCCAGCAUGUGCUGUCUGCCAUGAUGUGACACAAGAGACUGGGCAAGACAGACCUGUGGUCUGACCCAGUAUAUAGCACUUCUGUGCUUAAUUCAGUGUGGAGGAGAUGGCUUGGUGCCGUGAAGGAAGGAGCUGGUAGUUCGGAUCCAGGACUCCUAGGUUUCAUCCAUAGAUCACUAGUUCUGGGAUCCAGGACUCCUGGAAGUUUCAUCCUAGCAGCUUGGCUAAAAUGCUAGGGGACCCCAGCAUCAAAAGCCUAUGUUCCCUCUCUGCAGCUACAUCCCCAUGGGUUUGCUCCCCCCAGAGUAGUUCAUGCCCUGAGUGCAGCCAGGCAGGGUCUGUUGCCCCCUUAUGAGCUCACAAGGACCCUCCCAUUCUGACCUCACGAUGAUGUCACUCCCUGACUACCUCCUAGGGCCCAGGGACCCUCAGGUGGGCAGUUGCCAAGAAAGAGGUGGAGGAGGGAGGUUGUUGUAUCUUCUGCUCCACCAACCUGGCAACUUACCAGUAUGGAUUUUCUCAUUGAAUUCAUCCUGGUUAUACUGGGAACCCAAGUAGCCUUUUGGCUUUUGGAUUUGCAGAGCGUUCGUCGGAGGCCAAGGAAGAUACUGGGAAGAGCCAAGCUGGGAGCAGCUUGGGGACACGUGGAGGAGACACCGCCACGCCAGUGCACACACUGCCCCAUGCCUGGGCACAGGCUCAACCUCGAGCGCACACUGCAGCUGGUGGAGAGGAGGCUCACGCAUGUGACCUGGCACCUGUUAAGAGACCUGAACCCGCUGCCUGCCCUGCCUGAGGAGCCGCCACAGUGUGAGGAGGCUGAGGCUGUGAAGACGGAGGAGCCACAGAUUAAGGCCAUGCGGCCUCCGGGAUUGGACACCCAGGAGCCCUGUGUCUGCCUCCCAAAGCCCUUGCCCUGCCGGGCCCUGAGGGUCAUGAGCCUCCCUGAGGCUGCCCUGAGCCAGCCUGUGCCCCAUGCUGACACCAGUCUGCAGCCUUCUUUCCAGCAGGAGAGCCCGGAGACACAGCCUCCACUGGCCCACGGGUCCCAGGGGAUGGCUCCGUGUGGGAAAGAGACUACCUCAGCCGCCCAUUCCCAUCCUCGGGGGAAGCCUUGCGGCAUGCCUGAGCCAGAGAAGGGCCCAGAGCACCGCCACCCCCCCCCGAACCCCUGCAGGCCACUGGGGUGCACCAGCCUGCAGGGGAAGCUGCACCUCCUGGCCCCAGAGCCUCCGGGCAAGCAGGAUCCUGCAGACACCACCGUGUUGCCAGGGGAAGCCAGAACCAAGGUCCCAGACCCAUCUGAGGAUGGUUGUGCUUCCCAGGAGGAGUCAGAGCGGCACCUCGUGGGGAAGCAGCUGCAGGAGGUGACUGAGGAGCCAGGCCCGGCCUCUUGCCUAAUGCCCUCAGGGGCAGAGACUGACCCAGAAAAGAAGGACCUGUCCCACCCAUGGGGCACCACCAACGAAGAUGCAACAAGCAGCACCAGAUGCCUCCUUCCCACCCCAGUGAGAGGCCGCCAUGGAGGAAGGGAGUGGUGGAGCCUGGAGCAGCCCAGGAAAGGCACCCAGCUGCCCCCUGCCUGGCACCCCAGAGGGCAGAGGGGGGCGCCCAGUGGGCAGCCAGUGGCAACUGGGAGCCGAGAGCUGCAUCAGGCUGGUGGGCAGGCACCUGACCUCCCCUACGUCUGUGGCCUGGAGGGAAAGCCAGCCCGUGCGGUCUGGCCAGGAGACUCUGGGCAGCUUGGUGCCAGCUGCAGCCUGAAGGAGCUUCAGGGGCUGCUCCAGAAGAUCACAAGGGUCAUGGCAAGAAGCCCCAAGGCCUCAACAAGCUCCAUGGUGGGUGCAGGAAGGGGCCUCCAGCACAGCAGCCUUGAGACCAGCUGGGAACGGGAUCAAUGGGUCUCCCAGCUGCCCCCAGGCUCAGAGAUAUCCCCGGGGACCGAUGUCCCAUUAUCUCAGACCUCCAUGCCUGCGUGGAGGCACCGACCAGCCUCAGUGCUGCCCCCAGAGCCAAUCCACAAGCCUGGUGGGGAAAGCAGGAUGGGACCCAGUCAGGGGAGACCCCCUGGCUCCAGCCAGCCCCAGCAGGGAAAAGCAACCCAUGCUACCAGCUCGAGGGCUGUGGCAAGAAAAAGCCUAGCCGGCACCCCUGGAGACACCGACAGGCUCCCCAGGGAGAGGGGACGGGGUGCAGAGCCAGGCCCUUGGCCGUGGAAGGAGGGAGGGACCAAGAAGUGCCCUGUGGGGGCAGCCAGGCCUGGACCCAGGCCAGACCACGUAGAGCCCCCUGACCUGGCGCAGCUCCUGGGCUCCAUCCUGACCUCCCUCAGCGCUCAUGACCUGCAGCUCCAGUUCGUUGCUGACCUGCUGAAGAAGCAGUGCCCCCAGGGUGUCAGUGCCAUUUGCCCCCACCAGGCCCCUGUGCCAGCUGCCUUCUCCACCCAGCUGGAUGUCCAGACUCAAGGCCAAGUCCGCGCCCACAAGAUGAGCCUGAGCUACAGGCUAGAUGCCCCCGGCGGGCCAGCUCAGGAGGGGCCGCCCACAGGGGGUUCCCGGGGGACACGGAAGGGGGUGAAGGGUCAGGCGAAGGCAGGGACAUCUGAGCAGGGGGUGGACAAUGCCACGAACGUCUGGCUCCGCACAUCCCAAGCCCCGGAUGGGGUCUAUCAAACGUGUAGCAAGAAGCAGGGGAGGAAGCCAGGUGGCUCUUUGGGCCCUGGUGGCUGCCAGGGACCCCUUGAAGAGCCUCAGCGCUCAUCUCCAGGGGACCCCUUGGGUCCUUCCAAUCUGGACCAGAGGCCCCUGGAGAGAGGGAGCAAGAGGCAGGACAGGAGGCUGAGAGCUCCCCACAAACGACCCCAAACUGUCUCUGUCGGCACCAGCACCGCAGACUUCCCCCAGCAGAUGGAUGGAGCCACUUCUCUCCUGGCCACCAGAGAAAGGAAACGCCAGACCAGGACCUCAUCGGUGCCCAGAGAAAAGGUCCCUUUGUGCCGCCGCUUCCUGAGGUGCCUCCAGCGCACCUUCUCCAAGCUGUGCCUCAGCAUGAGGGCCCGGCUGUCCCGGGAUCCACGGAACAAGGUCCCCAACAUCAGGCUCACAAAGCCUCCCUUGCACCAUCAGGCCUCCAAGGUGGUGCCCCAUUGAUACCUCCCAGUCCCCACCUGCCUGCUGGGAGGGACACCCAGGAAUGCACCUUCUCCCUGGGCUCGGGCAGGUGCUCACCCUCCUGGUCUACUUCUAGGGCACUGUCUCUCUUAGUAAAG